AUGGCCAACUUCAGAAGUACAAACCCCUGCUUUGCGAGCAGCUCAAAGUCAGCACUGCCAUGGGUGAUCCUGAAUGCCCAUGGUCAACGCAAUGAAUCCCUCGCGUGGUUCUGGUCCAUCGAGGUCGACAUGCAUGGUCUGGAUCAAUCAUGGAAUGAGGAAUGUGAGUUCCCUAAUGCUCGACACUUCCAACUUCACUGGCUCCAGGCAAAGGCACUACGGGAUCGAUGGAAGGAAGAGCUGAUGUUGGUCCAAUUCGAGAUGGAUUGGACAUCCCAAUGGGGCGACCAGAUGCAGGAAUCAUUCACGAAACGACUUCCGGGUCAUGCAUGCUACUCCAGAAGGCAAUCCCGAAUGUAUUCAUUGCUGGCACAGGAUGCCCAGGCAGCGUUUCAACACCUGCAGACCGUUUUGAUAGAUUCCCGAGAUGAAUGA